UAUGAUAUAGAUCCGCACUGAAGAGUCCUAAGUUUCAAGAUGGACGAUUGCAACCUUGAAAAGCUUGGAAUUAAACCAGGCAAAAUUGCACCCGCUUUUCACCAGGACACUUUAGAGUAUAGUUCAACAAUUCCAAGCAAUGUUACAGAAGUUACUCUAGAUCUUUUAACCAGAGACACGGGGGCCUCUUAUACAAUUUCAGGGAGUGGAGGAUCAAAGAAAGUCCCAGUGAAAGAAGGAGCAGUGACUGAUAUUAAAAUUGAUGUGUGUGCUGAAGACGGUAAAACAACCAAAGUGUAUAUCAUCCAUGUAAAACGACUUUCUGCAAAAGAUGCUACUCUUUCCAGUCUCAAGUUAGAUGUUGGAACUGUUGUACCAGAGUUCAGUCCUGAAACCUAUGAAUAUACAUGUUUGUUAGCCUGCAAUGUUAAUGCUGUUAAAGUGACACCUACCCCACCAGAUACUAAGAAUGUUGUGACUGUAAAUGGUGAGAAACCAGGAUCUCCAACCACACUGAAUGUUGGGAGUACAAAUAUUAUAGUGGAGGUCACCUCGGAAGAUGGCUCCAAUAAACAAAAAUACUGCAUCUGUGUUACACGCAAGCAACUCUCCCGCCAUGUUAGAAUUGAGGAUACAGCCCUUGCUUUGCAAUAUGAAGACCCCAUUUCUCUUGGCACUUUGUAUCGACCAAUCACAAUUAGGAACAGUGAUCCAAAACACACAUUUUCUGCACCAAUCAUAGAUGAGUUUACAAAGACAUCCAAAUUUGAUCCAAUCAAUGAUACACCUUUAGAAGCUGAUUGGAGGAUAGAGGAUUUUGAGCUUGAUAAAAAAUUGAGUGCAACAACUGCAUCUGUACCUUUAACAUAUGGUGGUAAAUCUGAGAGUUGCAAGUUUUCUGAUCUUGGUGCCCAGAUUGCAAAAUGUAAUGUGACCCCUAAAGUAGAG